AUGCGACUGCUGAGACCGUGGCAUCUUGCUACGCGACCCCAAUAUGCAGCCCAGAAACGACAUAUAAGCGACCUGCGCCCCUUUGCAGAGGGCGACUUGGUCCUCCUCCGACAGAAGCAAGAUCGGUCCGCGCCACCGAUCUUGACGCGGCCUCUGCAAGCGGGAAGACGCAUCGAGGGCCAUCGGGGAGUUAUCAAGCACGAUGACAUUAUAGGGAGCAGAGUUCGCGAUCUGGUCACGUCGAGCACCACCAAAUCAACCAAGGCAGGCACUGAAUAUAGGCUGCACAAUGUCACGCUCGAAGACUACGUGCGAUUGAGCAAAAGGCUCGUCACGCCUAUCUAUCCAGCAGAUGCGCGUCUCAUAGUAGAUCUCCUGGAUAUGUACCCUGACCACCAUCUUCCGCCGCACCAUGACGACCACGAUACGACAAAGCUAGAAAUCUUGGAAGCUGGUACUGGCCAUGGAUCGUUGACCCUACACCUCAGUCGUGCCAUACAUGGGUUCAACGCGAGUAUUGACUUUCCGACCGACGACCAGUCGGAUUCUCUUUCUCGGCAGUGGAAGACAAAGCGCCAUGCUAUUCUCCAUACCAUCGACGUUUCGCCCAAGUUCUCUGCACAUGCCCAGCUUGUAGUGGGAGGCUUUCGUCAGGGCAUAUAUGCCAGGAAUGUCGACUUCCACGUUGGUGACGUGAGUGAGAAGCUAUGCGAGCUCCGUCGAGCAAGACCGAACGCGCAAUUUGUGUCUCAUGCAUUUCUCGACUUGCCAGCAGCGGAAGGCCAUUUGGCAGCUGUUGCCUCUGCACUGCGAGUCGACGGCACGCUGAUUGUCUUCAAUCCUUCCAUCACACAGAUCAAUUCAUGCGCAACCAAAAUCAAAGACCAGCGGGUGCCCCUCGAUCUGGAAAAGGUUGUUGAGCUGGGCGUCAAUGGUUCAAGCGGUGGACGAGAGUGGGAUGUGCGUUUUGUACGGCCUCGAUCCACCCUAAAGGCAGAAAUGGAGGCAGGGCCAGAAGCAGAGGCAGAGAACGGGCAGGGGUCGAAGAGUGGCCUUCAAGGCAGUGAUGGCUCAAUUAUCUCUGACCUACGAGCAUCUGUGUCCAUGGCCGACGACAAGUGGUCAAUGGUGUGUCGCCCAAAGGUAGGCGAUCGGAUCACAGGAGGUGGUUUCUUGGGCGUGUGGAAGAAGAGACGCACUUUAGUAGAUGCUGCCACGCCGGCGGAGGGGCAGGAGAGUGCCAACUGA